AUGCCUCGAAGCGGUACUCAGAAGGUGAAGACCGGUUGCAUCACGUGCAAAGUCCGUAGAAUCAAGUGCGACGAGCGCCGACCAGCCUGCGCGAGAUGUGUAACCACGGGGCGCAAGUGUGAUGGCUAUGCAGCUCCAGCAAAAGCAUCAUAUUCGUGGGAGGAGCUCCUUCGGGAGAGGUCCCCGACCGAUGACGAACUCGCACCGUUGAACAAUAUCAGCUUGGUCGAAAGGCGCUCAAUGUCCUUUUUCCAACGAGUCGCCGCCCCCGGACUCGCCGGUCCCCUGAACAAAUACUUUUGGGCUACCGUCGUCCCACAGGUCGCCAACCAAGAACCCGUAGCACGACAUGCGGUAUUGGCGGUCAGUUCUCUCUACGAGGACUUCGUCAAGCGGUAUCAAAAAGGGGAUACUAAGGAACUAGAGAAAGAAAGAAACGCGUUUGCAGUGAAACACUAUAACGAGGCCAUCAGACUAUUGCGGACGACCGCAGACAGGGCCCUCGUUCUAUUCGUCUGCGUCCUGUUUAUCUGCGUCGAGUUGUUGCGGAAGAACCCGAAAGACGCCGUUGAGCACUGUCGACAUGGUAUCAACAUCCUAAACGAGGUGAAAAAUGCGUCGGAGUUUCUCAGAAGCCACAUCCAGCCAGCACUACGACAUCUCAGCAUCGUUCCCUACCUCUACGGCGCAGACCCCUCGUCGUUCCCGGCGCUCGGCAAGUCGUUAUACACCGGAAAAUAUCACGUCAAGACCUUGUCCGAAUGCCAUGCACAACUCACAAUCGUUCUGAUUCGCGUCGUGCGCUUCACAAGAGACGUGAAAGAAGGCCGAUUAGAGCCCGGAUACGAAGGACCGGAGCCGACACCCGACUGGAGCCGGCAAGACAUCAUCGACGACUUGGAAUCCUGGAUGGAGGGCUUUCGCCACUUCAAGGCGUACUUGUAUGUCCCAGUAAAUGCCGACGAGCGGAACACUUUGAGGUUGUUGGAGAUGCGGUGGUUGGUCUCAAGGAUCAUGAUCGAAACGUGCGAGCCCGAAAACGAGUUUGUGUACGACAAGCAUACCGACAAGUUUCGGGCGAUAGUCAACCUGGCCAUCCCAGCGGCUGCCGAGAUUACGAAGGCUUCGAUGAAGACCAAGGCGACGAACAUCGCGGGGAAGUCGGCGUUGGAGCUGGGAUUCACGUCGCUUCUAGCCUACGUCGUCAUGAAAUGCCGGGUUUUCGAUCUGAGGCUGGCAGCUUGGAAGUUGAUGCAUCGGCUAUUCUGCCCCGGCGACAAUAUCUGGUCCGAGGACGUGACGCUGAUCUUGGGGAAGAGGAUCAUUGAGAUAGAGCACGAACUCACCUUGAACGCAGAGACGAUUGGGAUUCAAGAAGAAUUUCAGCUGGAGACGGACUAUAUAGUACAAGUCACGACCAAGGACUCAGUUGGCGGCGGAACAGACAUCGUGGUCGUGGAAAGGACAUUGUCAAUAGGAUACCCCGGAAGACGUAUGGCGUGUAGCUAUUAUGGUAACAUGUAA